CGCAUUCUUGGCUUCACUUCAUCCGGUCAUGACUUUUUUAUAUAGGGAAAAUAGGUUUUAAAAAAAAAUGGCAUUAAGAGUUAGAUUUUUAGUCUAUAAAAAUUAUAAUCGAGUCCUGACGCUUAUUUUUACCAGAGAGAACUUAGGGAUUAGAGACUUUAGGAUGUUUUCUUUUUUUAUUUUGUUUUAUUAAUAAAUGUUUAGAUUAUGUCAAAAAAACAAAUGCUGCGGGAAUCGGAAGUUCUUCCGCCAGCUACCGCAUCCGAUAAACUGGAUCAGGCGAUGGAGUCGCUUCGUGCUUCCGCUCUUGGCACACCGAGUGUGCCAAGGAUCAAGAAAGUCAAGACCUUGACUUCCUCUCAAAAACUGCCAGUACAAAACAUACGCACCUUAUCACAAGCACACACAAAAUCAGUCACACAAUCACACUUGCAACUUUCAAACACCUCAUCAUAAACACACAAUAAACCAGUCAUACAAACACACACACAAUCUCCAAGCAACACAUCACAAGCAUGCAAAAAAGCAGUCUCACAAACACACACACAAUCUCCAAGCAACACAUCAUAAGCACGCAAAAUGCAGUCUCACAAACACACACACAAUCUUCAAGCGCCUCAUCACAAGCAUACAAAAAAUCAGUCACACUAACACACACACAAUCUCCAAGCAACUCAUCACAAGCGCGCAAAAAAGUAGUUACACAAACACACAUACAAUCUCCAAACACCGCAUUAGAAACACACACACACAACUGCCUACGACAUUGCCAGAUCUGAUUGCGGUCCUGCGAUCUAUUGAUAAUAACCAGAAACAAAUGCUUACCCGGAUAAGCGAUUUGGAGAACGAAAUGAAUUACAGACUGCUCAGCGACGUUGAAGCGGAUGGCGAAAAAAAAGAAUUCCGGGAAAAAGGAGCUGCCAAAAUUCUUGUCGUUCAAAACGGUGGCUGAACUGUUGGCGUUCCAGGAAAUUUCCCAGGAUGAUUAUAACGACGUUGUUGACUAUUUGGAGUAUUUAGGAGGCUAUAAUGCUUCUGAUGCCGCUGCCAUCUACUUGAAGCAGUGCUUCCAGCCAACGGCAGACUUCGUGGAGAAGGUGACUUGGCUUGGCUCGCGGAAGAACGGCAUAAGCGCGUUAAAAGAUACGCGAUUUGUGCAAGCUUGUGAAGAAGCCAUGACACAAAAUAAAAGGAUUGGGGAGCCCACCAAGACGGACUUAGCCACAGCGAUGACAAAAACACUAAAGUGCGUAAAAGAAGAAUACCGCCGCCGGAAGGCCAAGCGUGCUGCUGGCAUACCCUUGGAAAAUGGGACACCCCUACAAAGAAGAAGGGUCGAGGAGGCCAAAAAUAAUGUUAGGAAUCGACGACGGCGACGAGCUCGGUGACGACGAGCCUGGCGGCGGCGAAGUUGCAGAUGGCGGUCUUGGCAACGGCGAGGUCGAAGACGGUGAGGUUGGAGACGUCCGCGGGCUUGGCAAUGACGAGUUUGGCGACGGCGAGCUUGGCAUUGGCGGCGAACUUGUCGAUGGCGGCGAACUUGGCGGCUGGAGCAUCACUGACGGCUACGGCGAGCUUAGCAACGGAGACUUCGACGGCGAUGGGAACAACAUCGGCGUCGGAGAGAACGACAACAUCGGCGACGGGAACGAUAUCGAGGAACUGGGCGUUGGCGGGCAAGAAGACAACGAGAACGAGAUCGGCAAUGACGACGACGAGUACGGCGAUGACGCUGGCGAAGGCGAGUACGGCGAUGACGACGACGAGAGCGACCGCACUGCCCUUGUCAGCGAUCACGUCGAGGAACGCAGCAACGAUCCUAAUAACGCUGCAAUUUUUGAGUAUUUAUUUAUAAAUAAAAG